CAAUGAACUCGGUCGGAUAAGCUUGAGACUUCUACUAGGCGACUUCUAUGACUCAAUAAGUCUAACCUGAUAAAAGCACUAGGUGGCUGUGCACCUUGCUUCUUCGUAACCCCCACACUCGGUUAAGCAGUGAAUUCAGGUUAACUUUCCUAGCAACUAAGUAGCGUCAUGGCGUCAUGGAUACCCACUGUUGCUGCAGUCGGAAUGGCCAUUGGACCCCCAUUAGUUUAUGUUGACCAAGCCGUGUCUAUCGUUCGUAAAAAGGACUCAACAGGAUUCUCUCGUGAUGUCUGCGCCAUUUUACUAAUCGCAAACAUAACUCGAUGUUUUUUCUGGUUGGGCGAUCACUUUGAGCUUGCCCUGCUCAUGCAGUCCAUUUUAAUGAUAAUAGCGCAGCUGGCCUUGCUCUACAUUUGCGUUCGAUACCGCCCACGCGUGAGCCCUGAAAACUUCGGAGCGUCGUCCCGCCCCCUUUCAUUUUGGCAGUGGCAUACAUAUGCUCAAUAUAUCGAGUUUCUUGCCGGGUACAUUUUAUGUUCAGCGAUAUUGUUCUUGAUCUUUAGUCGAUCGGAGCUAUACGUGAUGAUACUAGGGUUUGUUGCCUUGGGACUGGAAAGCACGCUGCCUAUUCCGCAGUUGAUCAGUAAUUACAAACAACGAUCACUGUAUGGCUUCCGUGCUUCAACUCUCCUUGGGUGGGUGGGGGGUGACUCGUUCAAGUAAGUUCUCCCGAUACAUUGCUCCAGCGCCUUGACGUCGGGUCAGGACUGUUUAUUUUUUCCUUCAGGGCUCACCCCUGCAGUUCAAGGUAUGUGCAGUGUUCCAAUUGUCAGUAGACUGUGGUAAGCGUCUCUCCACUACACGAGUUGCAACACGUCACUAAGCGCUUUCCAAAGCCAUCAUCCUACAACGUCUUUACUAUGGCAAUGCAGCUCCACCAGCAACGCUCGAAGAGAGGGAUGAUCUUGAGCAGGAAGCUUUGGCACUGUCAGACGAAUAGAGUAGAGUGUUGGUGGAAUAUAUGAUUUUAUGUAUUUACAUGCCUUCCUAUUUGUCGGUUUUCCCGCAGUUUGGUCGUUUGCAAACGAGAGACAAAUAAU